CUGCAGAUAGGGCAGGGCUGCAGCCCUUAUUUUGCAGCCCCUCAGUUCUUAUUAUACAUCCAUGGCUGCAGCUCGGGUAGUGACAGAAUAUUCUCAUCAGAGUCCGGCGCACUUCCUGGGGCUUGAUGUGUACCAGUGGCGGUGCAUUUUUCUCCAGCUUCCCAGAAGUCACGUGACUUCUGUGAAACUGCAGGACGGGCAGCAAUAUAUAAGCAGCAAUACCCGGAGGACCUCAAGUCUCUCAGGAAGUGUGUGUGGCUGCAGGUCGUCCUCUCGUCACCAGUGGCAUCAGAAGGAAGCCUCCAUGAUGGGCACCGCGGACGAGCUGCUGGAUCUGAUGUUCAAAUGGAUGGAUCAGAAGGAGGGCUGUGCGAAGUAUCUGAGGAAACUGGCCCGGGAGCUGGAGGAUCUCAGAAAGAAGUGCAACGGCAACCAGUUUAUCGGGAACUCAGUGCAGGUGGCGGGAGCUGCAAGCCUGGUUGGAGCCGGCGUGGCCACAUUGAUCACCGGCGGAUUAGCGGUUACGUUUCUUGCGUUCGGAGCAACAUAUAUGGGUGUAGGUGUAACCAUAUCUGUGGUUACUCAUCUUACUGAGCACCUCUUAUCCAGCAUGACGAUGGAGAAAGCGCAGCGCAUAGAAAGCAAGAGCAACAAGAUUGCAGAAAGAAUCAAGCGUCUGUUCGAGCAGCUGAGGAAGGAGUUUAAGGCGGAGAGCGUCAAUGCAGACAAAGACGAGCUGGACCAACGAGUCAUGGCUAAGGUCCUGGGAGCCAUCGGCAGAAGGAAUGGUCAGAAGUGGACAGUCUGUGAUAGCAUCAAGUGGUCUUCUUCUUCUGGGCCACAGUUUCCUCUGAAUGCAAUAUUAUUAAAUGGAGUCUUGCCUGCAAAGGCGGUUGCUGGAGUUGCUCGUAUUUUAGAAGCCUUUGCAUUACCAGCAAGAGGAACGUACCCUAAACCGCUGUCUGCUGAAGCAGGCGAACAAAUCUUCAAAAUAAUGUUCACAAUUCCUAAAGUAUUGGACACUGCCCUUAUAGGCACUGCCCUUAAAGAAGGGGUCACUGCCCUUAAAGAAGGGGUCACUGCCCUUAUAGAAAGAGGCACUGCCCUUAAAGAAGGGGGCACUGCCCUUAAAGGAGGGGGCACUGCCCUUAAAGGAGGGAAAAAUGACCUUAAAGGAAGGGCCAUGAUUACUGUUGGAGUUGUUGGAGUUGCUGGACUUGCGGUUGCACUUCCUAAGGCGAUAGACAGCUGGAAGAAAAUGAUCGAGAACAAUCACGUGACUGAAGCGAGCCAAUCCAUGAGAGGUGCCGCUGACGACUUGGACAAUAUGAGCCGGACGCUGAGGAAUCAGUUCAAAGACAUUAAGACGAUGAUGGCUAACAGCCAACGAGAACACGAGGAAAGGCUGAAGAAAGAAUGGUUCCCAAGAGCACUACAGGAACACGGGAAUCUAAAGAUGGCGGGCAUGGCGUUGGGCUCUCUGUUUCUCUUUCUGUUUCUGUUUCAAGGUGCCAUUUUCUGUAAAACAGACAAAGAUAUGAGUUUGAGUUCAGCUGAGGGAAGCAUCCAAGGGAAGGAGACUGAAUCCCACAUGGGUUUAAGACAUGAGGAAGAAAGACAGGGCCAUCAAACAGAGUGGACAGGAAGUGAUCAAGAGAAAGGGAGUGAGUGUACAGGAAGUGAACAAGAGAAAGGGAGUGAGUGGAGAGGAAGUGAACAAAAGAAAGGGAGUGAGCAGAAAGGAAGGGAGUGAGUGAAGAGGAAGUGAACAAGAGAAAGGGAGUGAGUGGAGAGAUGAAUCAUUCAAACGAAUGUUAAUAUAAUCAAAUAUAUUCUUGUAUAAUCCACAAAGAAAAUGCAUUGUAUUUCAUGUUGUUCUAUCAUCACAGUAUACAGAAUGUACGUGGUUAGGUCUGUUAUAGUUUAUCACUAGGGGUGUCGCUGUUUAGAGGAGACAGCUGACUGCACUCACAGCAGGGGGCCCCUGACUCCAUAGAAGAGUACUGGAGCCCCAACAUGUGUUCAGGCCAGGGGUCUGUAACCUUUUUGACCAAAAGAGCCAUUUUGCCCCUUUUCCAACCAUUCUGUUUUUCUGGAGCCGCAAAACAUAUCUGAUAGCUAAAUAAAACAUAUAGCUGCACCCUAAAAAGAGUUAACUGAUUGAAUGAUGACUGAACAUCGUCAGCUGUCUUCCUCUUCCGUGUUUUUCCUCCAACACGUAAAGGCUGCAGCACCUUUGACAACUUCUCUCUACAUAUCAAACAUAUCGGUAAGUCAGCAUCGUUUGGUGUGAAAGCAGAUAACUCUGUCCACGCUGAAUUAAACCCUCUGUGUCCCUCCCAUACUUUUCUUUGAUGUAUCCAUAGUUCGCUCAUCGAGCCGGGGGUCAGGUUAAUCACCUGUAAGAAAAGGCGCUGGCGUGGGACCACAGCAGGAUGUGACUCAUAUUUUACAUUCACUGUAUUAUUUAAUUUCCUUCUUAUUUGUGUCUAAGCUCAAGGGAGCCAGAGCAGAGGGCUCGGGAGCUGCGGGUUGCUGACCCCUGGGUUAGGCCAUACCAGCGCCAUAUACCAUAGGACAAUGCUUCUGCCCCUGGUGCUCCGUGAGCACCCCCUAGUGGUCCGUAAGUAUAUUGGUAACAUUUCACAUUUGAAAUUAAGUAAUUAAUUAAAGUUUUUCGCACUCUCGCGGGAAUAUCUCCGCAAUGGAGCAAGCUUAAGUUUAACUUUUGAUUGCAUGAUAUAGCCCAGCGCAACACCGUCGUCACACAUGUUGCCACUUGUUUGUACCAUUUUCAGGCGAUUUGUAUUCUGUUCUAGAAAAACAAUGUGUUUUUUAGGAUAUCAAGAAGCGAAUAAAACAAACAAUGUAUUUUAUGAACAUUUAUCCAUGCUGGAAGUAGAUUUAGAGGUUUUAGGAGUCAGAUAGAGAUUAUUAUCUAAUAUAUGCAUCCAAAGAAGCAUUGCAUGAAGUCUGUUGAUGAUCAGAGGCUGUUGUUGGGGCUGCAUAAACGUUUGUUUAUUUUUGUUUUGUAGGCAGACCAUGCAGGCCUCAGAGAGUUAAACUUGGGCCUGCGACCAUCGGUUUACUGUAUUUUGUUUUGAAAAUCCAGAGUGGAGGUUUGUGUUGUACUACAUGUGUUGUAUUUAGCAUUUCUCUCAGUUGCCAACAAUCUGUGAGUCUGUUGGCUCGGACUAAACUCCGUAAUAAAUAUAGUCUACAUUUCAUAAGAGGUGUAAAACCUGAGAGCAUUUUAAAUCGCAUUUGAACUAAAUGCUUAUAUAAUCUGUAGUUGUAUUGUUGAUUUAAUGUGUGAACGAGGCGAUACAGAGAAGGUUAGGCUGUCAUUUGUAAUGUACUGUUGGAGUGGUAAGCAGGCCUAUUGUUUCUGGAUAUUUGUGGAGUCAGGUGGUCCGUGAGGGUUUUUUAUUGGUUAACUGGUCCUUGGUAUGAAACAGUUUAAGAAACACUGCCAUAGGAGACAAGUCCAGUCCCACACACCAGAGGUCAUGACCUUUCCCCACAUAGGGUAUGAAGGAGUGUCUUUGGUUUCCUGUCCCUGUGUGCAGCAUCAAAGCUCUGGCUGAGAGGGAGAAAGCUCCAGAGCGGGGUUUCUCCUUGGUGAGUUCUCUCAACUCGGUGAGCUCUCUCAACUCGGCGAGCUCUCUCAACUCGGCGAGUUCUCUCAACUCGGCGAGCUCUCUCAACUCGGCGAGCUCUCUCAACUCGGCGAGCUCUCUCAACUCGGCGAGCUCUCUCAACUCGGCGAGUUCUCUCAACUCGGCGAGCUCUCUCAACUCGGCGAGCUCUCUCAACUCGGCGAGCUCUCUCAACUCGGCGAGCUCUCUCAACUCGGCGAGCUCUCUCAACUCGGCGAGCUCUCUCAACUUGGUUUUGUUUUGAAUGAGUUUGAUAUCACCGGCCACCUAUGAGGAACUUCCUCUGAAUUCUGCCAGAUUAGUUGUUGAGUGCAACUAAAGAGGGACAGGUGAAGAGAGAUUAACCAAAUACAAUAAGAAAAGUAAAUCUGUGAAUUGAGGUUUCAUAUUAGUAAUUGGAUGAUACAGCAUGAAUCAUUGUGUAUGAUUGUCACAUGUAACGAGAGAAGGUAAAACCCUGUAACAGCGUGGAUCAUUUUCUUCAAAUAAAAUCAUCCCACCCUUUGGAUUGGGGUAACUUAAAUAAA